CUUUCGGCGCCGAGGGGGGAGGGGCUUGAAAAACAAAACCAAUUUAAUAUAUAUAUAUAUAUUUUCCCAUGAUGAUAAUAACCUAUAUUUUAAAAAAAGGCUAAGGGCUUUUAUUUUUUUUAAAGGGAAUAUGCCGGUAGGAAGUUAGGAGAGGAGAAGAACCGAACCCCAGACGCCUCUGAGGGGAUUUUUGAAACCAUCUGUUCCCAUGUAUCAAGAUGUCCCUGGUGGACCUGGGGAAGAGGCUGCUAGAAGCGGCUCGCAAAGGCCAAGAUGAUGAAGUCAGGACGUUGAUGGCAAACGGGGCGCCUUUCACUACGGACUGGCUGGGAACAUCCCCUCUUCAUCUGGCAGCUCAGCAUGGCCACUAUUCCACGGCAGAAGUCCUGCUCCGAGCAGGAGUGAGCAGAGACGCACGGACCAAGGUGGACAGGACGCCGCUGCACAUGGCAGCUGCUGACGGGCACUCGCACAUCGUGGAGCUCCUCAUCAGGAACGGUGCCGACGUGAACGCCAAGGACAUGCUAAAGAUGACGGCGUUGCACUGGGCAACGGAGCACAACCACCGCGACGUCGUUGAGCUGCUUGUCAAGUACGGGGCCAACGUGAAUGCCUUCAGCAAGUUUGACAAGUCUGCCUUUGACAUCGCGCUGGACAAGAACAACCCAGAGACCUUGUUGAUACUUCAGGAAGCAAUGCAAAACCAGGUCAACACCAACCCUGAGAGAGUGAACCCGGUCCCAGGCUCCGUCACCAUGGGCCAGCCGUUUAUUUUGGCUUCAGGGGACAUGAUGAGUCUGGCCAGCAUCGUCUCCUCAGCAGGCACCAAAACAACCUCAGGCGAUUCCCACAUUUCCACGGUGCAGUUUCCAAACUCAACAACCUCAGUCCUCGCCACGCUGGCAGCCAUCGCAGAAGCCUCCGGCCCGCUUUCCAACUCAAACAGAGCCCCCGCGUCUGAGGAAACCGUGGACUCCAGCUCUGCCAGUUCCCCCCUCCAGCACGUGGUCGGUGGCGGGGGCCGGCGGAUUAUCACGAUCAUGACCGACGGCGUCCAUCUGGGCAACCUCCAGGCGGCCCUUCCCAGUGGGGCCCUCGGCCAGCCCUUCAUUGUGACGAUGCAGAAUGGGCAGCAAGUCCUCACAGUGCCUGCUGGUCAGGUCGCAGAAGAAACCGUCAUCGAGGAGCAAAGUGACAGCGAUCACCACAUAGUAGAGGAGGAGGAGCAGGAGCCCCCUGCUAAGAAGAUCAAGGUAGAGGAAGUUGCAGAUGACCUGGAAGAAGGCAAGGAGAGGGAGAUUUUGCAGCAGCAGCUGCAGGAAGCCAACCGCCGCGCUCAGGAGUACCGCUGCCGGCUGAUGAAGAAGGAGCUGGAGGCCGAGGGGUACCGGCAGAAGCUGGAAGCCAUGGACAGGCAACAGGCCAACGGGAUGGAAGGGGUCGCGGAGGACGACGGCGAAGGCCAGGCGGUCAGCUCCGCCGCCGUGUCGGAGGAGGAGGCCGUCAGCUCCACAGUGGACCUGGAACUCCCGACCGACGUCGCGGUGGAGACCGUCAGCACCUCGUAACCCUUCAGGUCGCCCUUUCGCUUACUUUCUUAAAAUAGGAAAAUCAACAGGAUUAAAGCUUGCCUGGGAAAAAGGGGUAUAGCGGAGAGAAGGAAGCCACACCCCUCCCUCCAAAGAAACUCUGGACAAAAGUCCUUUUGUGGGGGACAGUUCACAGUCAACCCCCCUAUCCCCUCUCCUGUCCUCGCUUUUCCCGCCUUUCAGAACAGGGCUUUAAACACCCACAGCCAUAAAAUAAAUGCCUUUUUUAUAAUCUCCCUAGCUGUUCAGAGAGAGAUAUUUUUGUUACUGCCGCCCGAAAGCCAUUUUUAUAAGCCGCCAGCAAGUGACCUAAAGCACCAAACCAAACCUGGCCCUUUUUAUGAGGGCGAGGCAGCCUUACUGUCAGGGUGCCAGCCCUCUCUGGAACGGGGUGGGAAUGCUGAUGUGUGCAGCCCAGUUUCUCGGGGGGCCGGUGGCAGAAAACAGGAGCAGAGCCACAGGAUGUCCCCCCCCCCCGGCCAAAUGGCCCCAGUUGCUGAAGGACCCUGCGUGCAAAUUGACAGGAGACACCCCUUUCCUGUUUCCCAAGGCCUUGACAAUAGCGGGUGCGGCGAAGGCAGGCUCUCCUCUUAGAAACAUGGGCAGUGGCUUGUGUCGAAAGCAGUGCCCUGGGUGCUGAGCCUCUGAGCUGCCCUCUCUGUACCUCCUGGGGGCCGAGGGGGAAGGUUUUAUUAGCCCUGGGAGUGCCCUUGAAUUCCAGUCGUGCCUCUCACUUAUCUGGCUAGAGGGGCAUGUAUGUGUGUGAGAGAGAGACUGUACAAACCAGCCUUCUUAGAUUACAAAAGGUGGAAAUCCACGCCCGUUGCUCCACCCACUAUCUCGUCCCUGCGCACCUUUGCCAGCUGGCCCCUGGAAGAUGGGGAUGCGGCCCCUGGGCUACCCUGGCCCCAGCAUAAGCCUGCCUGCCUGUGCCUUGUGAGAUGUGCAUAUUUACCUCUGGCUCAGGGAUGGAGGGAUGUCUGCAGCCCUUCCAGAUGCUCCUAGGCCGCAAGCCACACCUUCCUCGUCCUCCUUAAUCCCCAUCCUAUUCUGACCGGGGCUGGUGGGACUUGGGGUCAACCUGCAGAAGGCUGCAGGUGCCGUCUCUCCCCUGUUUCUGCCCCCCCAGGCUUGCUCUUCGCUCUAUGCAGGCCUUUGGGAUAUUCAGCUUUCAGAAGGGACCCCAAAGACUCCCGCCCUUGUCUGUCUCCCUUCACCCUCGCGCCCCCAGCCUUCAGUUCUACCCAGAAUACAACACGUACCGUAUUAUUCCGUCUAUAAGACGUCCCCAUGUAUAAGACACCUCCUAUUUCGGGGGACUCAAAUUUAAGAAAAU